CAAUGCGACCACUUUAAGUCAACGCCCCGAGCGCAAGCCUGGAUCGACAGGUAGCCGGCGUGACGCACAAAUUUAGCUGCAGUCGCAAUCCUUCGGCACGCCUUUAAGGCCUGCCCUAAGAUGUUGUGUUGGUGAAGAUGGCCAAGCCCAUUAGCUGCAUGUGUACAAGUGCAAGGCUCGCCCGCUCAGCCAGCGCAGCCAUUGAGAGGAGUGCAGAGUUUGCAGACGGGGCGCCCGCGCUCUGCAAAGGCAGACACGCACGUGUGCGAAUGACUUACGCUCGUGUUCAGAUGCAGUGGAUGUGGGAAUUCUGCGGCGCUGAGGCGGAGAUACUGUCAGUGGUAAUUCGUCUAGGCUUGCACCGCUGCCCAACUUCACAAACCGCGCGGGCGAUGCGUGUCCGGGUUUGCGCUUUAGAAUAUCGGCAGCACCACAAAUCGAGUACAAGAGCGAUGCGGGCUCGAUGUCGUCAGUGCGAGGCCAUCAAGAGUGCCAAAGUCGGUACUGUGUAUGUAUGCACGUCUAGUGCAUCGAGUUCAAGCAAGCCUCAUCUGCACGGACCUCGGCAGUCAGCCUUGCAUCUCGAGUCUGCGCGCUGAGCUUACUCGCAGUCAGCACAGUGUAAGCUUACUCGCAGUCAGCACAGUGUAA